UGGCCUGAGCUUGGAUGUGCACUUUUACAACUGCUGGUUUUGGUGUCUGUUUCACAAACAGAAGACCCAAUAUGCAGGCAGAUCGAUAAUUCUGAGAUUGCACAGCUAUCCCAGGAUGGGGACAUUGUGUUGGCUGGAAUCUUCUAUUUCCACAGCAGCUGGAAGAACAGAGAGAAUACGUAUACACAAAAGCCCUUGGCACUGCAAUGCAUCAGAGAGUUCCAAUUUGCUCAGACCAUGCUUUUCGCCAUUGAGGAAAUAAAUAACAGUACGGACUUACUGCCAGGAAUUUCUCUGGGCUAUAACAUCUAUGACACUUGUGGUUCCAUUCCAAGAAGCAUAAAAGUUGCACUGGCCUUAAACAAUGGUAACGACAAUAGAUCUUCAAACCCUGAGAAGACAUGUACCAAACCUGCAGAAAUGCAGGCUAUAGUGGGAGAAACUUCUUCCUCUCCUAGCACUGCAAUAAGUACUCUCAUUGGACCAUUUCAUAUACCACUGAUCAGCCAUUUUGCCACAUGUGCCUGUCUCAGUGAUAAAACCAAGUACCCAUCCUUUCUCAGAACAAUACCCAGUGACUAUUACCAGAGCAGAGCCCUCGCCCAACUGGUCAAACAUUUUGGUUGGACUUGGGUUGGAGCAGUUAGAACCAAUGAUGAUUAUGGCAAUAAUGGCAUGGCUAUAUUCACUGAAACUGCAGAGCAACUGGGCAUUUGUCUUGAAUAUUCUGUUUCUUUCUUUAGAACAGAUUCAACAGAAAAAAUCCAAAAGUUAAUCAAAACUAUACAAACUUCAACCUCCAAAGUGGUUAUAGCUUUUGUAUCACACUUGGACAUGGAUGUGCUUAUACAUGAGUUGUCCAACUACAAGUUGACUGGGUACCAAUGGGUUGGCAGUGAGUCCUGGAUCUUUGAUUCUCAAAUUGCAGCAGUGGAUAAGAAUCACAUCCUGGAUGGAGCAAUAGGGGUUUCCAUUCCUAAUACACAUGUGAGUGGUCUCAAAGAGUUCAUACUUGAUGUGAGGCCACUCAAAUCUUUAAAUAAUGACUUGUAUACAGAGUUUUGGGAGACAUUGUUUAGCUGCAAGUUCAAGCAGGAAAAAUCAGCUGAAACUUUUAGAGAAUGUACUGGAUAUGAGGAUCUGACUGGAGUGGAAAACACCUUCACUGACAUGUCACUCAUGCCCAUUUUUAACAAUGUCUAUAAAGGAGUGUAUGCCGUGGCUCAUGCUCUGCACAAUAUUCUCGGAUGUGAUAAAACAUGCAACAUCAAUGUGCAGUUAGAUCCAUUCACGAUUUUACAGCAGAUUAAAAAGAUUCACUUCAAAACAAAGGAAGGAGAAGAGGUUUAUUUUAAUGAGAAUGGAGAUCCAGCUGCAAAGUAUGAAGUUAUAAACUGGCAACGGAGAGAAAAUGGCGUUGUGGACUUUGUCACAGUUGGUUUAUAUGAUGCAUCAUUACCAUUAAACAAACAGCUAAAACUGCAAAACAAGUCCUUGCUUUGGGCACAGAGCUCAACACAGGUACCUGUGUCGGUUUGCAGUGAGAUGUGUCCCCCAGGGACGCGCAAGGUUCACCAGAAAGGAAAGCCUGUUUGCUGCCAUGACUGUAUAAGAUGUGCCGAAGGAGAAAUGAGCAACAUCACAGAUGCUGUCACCUGUGUGAGAUGUCCCCCUGAAUCCUGGUCAAACGAAAGAAGAGAUGCCUGUAAAAACAAGGAAGCUGUUUUUUUAUCAUAUGAGGAAAUUAUGGGAAUGCUUCUCAGUACAGCAGCUUUAUUUGGAACAUGUAUAACAGCUAUUGUGAUCAUCAUUUUCUACAGAAACAGGAAAACUCCUCUUGUGAAAGCUAACAACUCUGAACUGAGCUUCCUGCUCCUUUUCUCCCUGACUUUGUGUUUCCUCUGCUCUCUGACGUUCAUCGGCCAGCCUUCUAAGUGGUCCUGCAUGCUGCGUCACACAGCUUUUGGCAUCACCUUUGUGCUCUGUCUCUCUUGUGUUCUGGGGAAAACAAUGGUAGUUUUAAUGGCAUUUAAAGCUACACUUCCUGGGAGAAAUAUGAUGAAAUGGUUUGGGCCUGCACAACAGAGACUCAGUGUUUUGGGUUUCACUCUUGUACAAGUAAUCAUUUGUGUCGUCUGGUUAACAAUUUCUCCUCCUUUUCCAUCUAAUAAUUUUAAGGAAUUUAAAGAGAAAAUGAUCCUAGAGUGUGCUCUGGGCUCAGCUGUGGGUUUCUGGUCUGUGCUUGGUUACAUAGGACUACUUGCAAUGUUGUGUUUUAUUUUUGCUUUUUUAGCUCGGAAGCUGCCUGAUAAUUUUAAUGAAGCCAAAUUCAUCACCUUCAGCAUGUUAAUAUUCUGUGCUGUAUGGAUCACAUUUAUUCCAGCAUAUGUCAGCUCUCCUGGGAAGUUCAGUGUUGCUGUAGAAAUCUUUGCAAUUCUGGCCUCUAGUUUUGGAUUAUUGAUUUGUAUCUUUAUUCCAAAAUGCUAUAUCAUGUUACUGAAACCGGAGAGAAAUACUAAAAAGAACAUGAUGGGGAAAGUGCCACAAAAGUCAUUCUGA